CCCAUUGAUUGAUCUCCACUACACUCCCCGCUGACCAGAGAAAACACUCGAUAGCGAAUGCGAGAGGGGAUUUAAAUUGGACAAAUACUGUCCGCCUCACUUGACGGAUAAGGUAGCUGUCUGUUUCCUCACGCAGUCCGAGGUAAUCCGAUAUUAACACUGUUUAACGACGAGCCUCACCUCGACACGGUGCGACGUUAGCUAGCUCGUAAUGUCGGCACUGGACUUGUUUUUCCCUCUAGACUCCGCUUCCUGUUAGCCUCGGGCUAGCUGCAAAAUCGGAAUUAUGCUAAUGAACGAGCAGGUAUAGUUAGCCAACGCGAAGGGGUGUAACUUUACUACUUACACAAAGGCUCACCCGUCGCAGUUUAGUUGCAAUUUAUUCACGAACCUAUGCUAAUAACUUUGUUUCACAGCCCGCUACCGGGGCAGCUGGUUUCCUUUUAGUUUGCUAGCGCUCGACAGCUAGCCAUCUUGCUUGUGUUGAAGAGGUUUAAGAAUUUAACUUGAGCUGUUUUUGGGGUUUGCAGAGAGCGAAGGAUGUUAACUUUUGUUGCAGUUGCUCGUUAAUAUAAGCGUCGGCAGUGGGAUUACUGGUGUAGGAUCCAAUUACGUGCGACUGUUGCCUUUUUAAAAAUACUUUAUUUCUCCGUGGGGAGAAAAGCUGACUCUUCUUCCACUGUGAAAAGACAAUAGAGAACCUGAGACUCUCUCAGCUGUUGUUCUGGCCCCGACGAAAACCCCACUGACAACUAAAGCCAUGAUAAAAAUAGUAUUUUCAUAAUUUCAUAAUUCAUAAUAAUAAGCUGCAAUAUCCUCUUCUUUAAAAAAAAAUAAAAAAAAUACUCAUGUGCGUUCAUAAGUGAUAGAAUAAAUAAAGGGUCUCCGCACAGAUACCGAGGAGUGGAUGUGAUGCAGAUGGUGCUUGUGCGACAUAUGAGGGCUGAACCCGCUGCCUCCAGGUAUCCCCGCUCGGUGUAUUGAGACAGCGGCUUUAAAUGCCUCAGAAAACACUCGCAGUAGCCGCUCGUCUUCAGAGGUAACUCGGUGGGUAGAGAGAAGCGGUCUGAAGAGGGAGGCUCCUGCCCGUUUCUGUACGUCCAUCUCUCCAGCCUACCUUCAUCACGUCCAUCCACCACCACCGCCCCCCUUCUCCUCCCUCCUCCUCCUCCUCCUCCUCUUUCACAGUCAUGGACCCCCCGAGGACUCGGUCGCGGUCUCGGUCUGGCUUCUAUCAUUUCGGCAUGAACGGCAACAUUGGGAGCAAUGGCAGUGGUAACGCGGUGGGUAACGGGAGCAUGAUGAACGCCAGCGGAGGAGGAGGAGUGAGCUACCCGCAGCAGAGCAACCCCGGCUGGGCGCCGCACCACGGAGAGUCCCGUAGGGCUACGGCCGGGAGAGGCCAGCAGUCAAGCCACACCCCCAGGUGGAGGCUACCCUGUCGCGGGCAGGGGCCGCAGCGGCCAAGCUCCUGCGGCACGGAGCCUCACCAGAAGCAGACCGCCCGGGCCGGAGGAGGGCUACAUUUCCAUCCAGAUAAUGUGUGCAGCGAGGAUCGGGACAAAAUGGAAGACAGCCCGAGCCCGAAAAGGCAGCGUCUUUCCCAACAGUCCAUGUUGGAUCUAAGCUCCGCCCCUCCCUCUACUCCUUCCUCUCCCAUUCGCCCCUGGGAGCUGCCUCCCAGUCGCAGACCACACCCCCACUACAUGCCAGAGAGAUGCCAUACACCUCUUCGCAACCGACGCAGCCCUCCAAUGAGACGCCAGCGUGGCCGGAGAGACCGUCUGACUCGCCACCACCACCACGCCCACAACAACCACAACAACCACAACCACAACAACCACAACAACCACAACCACAACAACAACAACAACAACCACCACCACCACCAUCACCACCCCAACGCCCACCAUCAUCACCACCACCACAUGCACUCCCACCACGGCCCGUCGCCAGGCCACCAGGAUGAGAACUACCGUCACCCGGCUCCACCUCUGGGCUACCCACCCUACAGCCAGCAACCUCCCCGAGGGCUGGGGCCCGGGCCUGAAGAGCGCCCAGGUCACCAUCCCCCAAACCCCUCCCCGAGGCCCCUCCACCAGUCACCGAAUCUGUCUCCCAGGCUGCUGCACCCUGCGGCCCAUCCACAGCACCCGCACCCACAUCCACACCCCCAUCCAUCCCAGCAACAGAGCAGUAUGGUGCUGGACCUCCAUGAACAGGGUUCAGCUCCUGUCUCGUAUCCUGUGUCUCCUCCGGGAGCGCCACCAGGCCUGCCGCCUCGCUCCGCCCCUCAGCAGAUCCCAGCAUGCUCAGUAGUCUUCAGUGGACAGCACUAUCCCGUCUGCAGUGUCCCUCCUCCUGUCCUUCAGACUUGUUCUGUGCAGCACCUACCCAUGCCCUACCCAUUCCCAUCACUGCUGUCCAGUGAUCCGACCUUCCUGCUUCCCCCUCCUCACCUCCCCCAUCCCCCAACACAUCUUUCCCACCACCCACCUCACCUGCCUCAGCCUGGACAGUUUGGACCCUAUCCGACACAGCAGGCCCGAUCGCCUUUACAGAGGAUAGAGAAUGACGUAGAGCUGCUUGGAGAGCACCUCUCUUUGGGUGCUGGGCUCCACUAUCCUCCUGCCACCCACCCUGCCCUCACCCCACACUCCACACAGCUUCACUUCCUCUCCCAUGACCCCUUGCCACAGGAAUUCUUCGGAGUGUCCUAUCCAAACUUUAUUCCUCGGCGUCUCCCUGGGCGACGGUACCGCUCACAACAGCCACUGCCACCUUCGCCUUACCACCCCAGCCUCCUGCCUUACUUCCUUUCAAUGCUGCCAGUCCAGCCAACAGGUCCUGCGAUCAGUCUCGAGCUGGAUGUAGACGACGGAGAAGUGGAGAAUUAUGAGGCCCUCCUGAACCUCGCUGAGCGUCUGGGAGAGGCCAAACUCCGAGGACUGACCAAGGGAGACAUUGAACAGCUUCCUUCCUAUCGGUUCAAUCCAAAUAACCAUCAGUCUGAACAAACACUGUGUGUGGUGUGUAUGAGUGAUUUUGAGUCCCGCCAACUGCUGCGAGUCCUGCCCUGCAGCCACGAGUUCCACGGGAAGUGUGUCGACAAGUGGCUGAGGGCCAACAGGACGUGUCCCAUUUGUCGGGCCGACGCUUCAGAGGUCCAGAGAGACUCCGAGUGACCACAUGAGGGAGCCAGACGCUCCUAAUUGUCUGUCAAACACGUUCAGCACUACCUGCUCCUGAUACAAUGAUACACAUGUACGUGCUCACAAACACACACACACCACACCACACCACACACACACAACACACACACACACCACACACACACCAGACACACAGACAACACACACACACACACACCACUUCCUUGUCUUUUUGUGCAGCGCUUCCUGCUUGUCUGUUAUCCUUUCAAUCUUUAUCCCUUCUCAUUAACAUUGGAUAUGAUUUUUAUCUGAUUCCCUCUUCCCCAGUUAUUUUACCUUGGGUCAUUUCCCUUCUAUUAGUGUUUCCUAUUCACAUGAAUGCAGGUCUUCACAUCUUUGCCUGACCACUAUUCUGUAAUGGGGGGUGUGUGUGUGUGUGUGUGUGUGUUGUGUGUGUGUGUGUCUGUGUGUGUCUGUGUGUGUGUGUACAUGUGGAUGCACCACAACUGUGCAAGCAUUGUUUGGUCCAGCCCUGUAAUGCUGAGGGGC